UAUUUGACAUUUUAUUAAUAAUUAUUAAUGCAAGAAAUAAAUGACUCAUAUUAUAUUUUUGUUAACAGCUAAUAACAGUUUCUAUAACUGAUAAAUCAAAGAAAAGUGAAUACAAAAAUGUACAUAUUGAUGAUGUUAAUAUGGUAAAUGUAUAUGAUCCUGUUACUCCAUUACCAAAAGAUCGCUUAGAGUUUCAAAAUCGAAUUUUGAAAGGACGAUACAAGCCUGUAUUAGAUCUUUAUCCACGGUCAAUUCAAAACUCUAAAAGAAGGUCAUUUCAGAAGAAUUGGUACGAUAUUUUUGAUUGGUUGGAGUAUAGUGAUGCUUCUGACACAGCAUUUUGUUUUCCAUGUCGUUGCUUUAAAGCUCAGGCUAUUUUUGACGUUCUUCAAGAAGUACUUACGUAUACUUAUGGGAAAAGAUUGGCAUUCAGUUUUAUCAGUAUGUUUUGAUGAUGCUUCUACUAUGGCUGGUAAAAUAGGAGGUGUGCAAACAAAAUGUAAGGAACAAUAUUCAAGCAUUAAAUAUGUUCACUGUUAUGCACAUUGUCUAAACUUAGCUCUUGUUGAUUCAGUAUGUGAUAAAUCAAAAAAUUCCAAUAGAAACAAAUUGGUAUUCAAUUUUUUUGGAACCAUACAGUUUAUUUAUAAUUUCAUUGAAAGUAGUGCAAUGAGGCAUGCAAUUUUGGAAAAAAUAUCUAAAGAUGUAGGAAUUAAGUUACUUACAUUAAAGUCAUGUUCAAUUACUCGCUGGGUGUGUCGAGCAGAAGCAGUCAAAUCAGUACUGAAUAAUUAUGAAGUUUUGCUUUUAGCCAUAGAAGAAAUCUGUGAAAGUAGUAGUGUUCUAGAAAUGUGUGCUAAAGGCAUGGGAUUAAAAUACCAAUUAAAAAACUUUGACUUUAUUUUUGGGCUGUAUUUAUUGAAUCCCAUAUUAAAUUCAAUAUUAAAAACAAGUUCUCUAUUACAGUCACCAAACAUGGAUCUUGUAUUAGCAAUAAAUAGUGUACAGUCUUUAGUUCAAAACUUGGAAGCUAUGAGGAAUAAUGAUCUGUAGCAGGAAUGAUUCGUCUAGAUUCUACAUCUGAGAUGAUUUCAAUUUUAUCAAAAUUUGCUUAUGUCCCAGAAGAGAUAUUAUAGUGUCUGAGAUAAAUUUUUAAAAUAUUUACCCGCUACCGAUGGUAAACCGAAUAGUAACACUGAUAAUGAAUCAAUACAUGAAUGGCUAGAUUAUAUGAAAGCAAAAAAUUACAUAAAAACAUUUAACGGAUUUUUUACUGUACUGAAAUUAUUCAGUGUAAUACCACUUACAACUUGUUCUUGUGAACGGG